AUGUUUUCCUUCGAUAACAGUUUUUGGUCCAUCUUCACCUUGACACUCGUUGGUAUUUGCUGUGGUAGACCAGUAUUGAAAUCGGCACCGGGCAUAGAAAUUCUUCCGGCUGAAUUUUCUAGCGGAAGUGGACCAAAUUACCUUGUAGUGAAUAAUGCAACCAAAAAAUUAUUAGCCGAAUCAGGAGUACGAUCGCAAGCCCCGUUUAUUAUUACAAACCAACGAGCGACUGUUAGUCAACCAGUACCCGCGCAAGUGCAGAAUCAGCAACCCCAGCCGCAGUCGCAGCCGCAGUAUCAGCAACCCCAGCCGCAGUCGCAGCCGCAGUAUCAGCAACCUCAGCCGCAGUCGCAGCCGCAGUAUCAGCAACCCCAGCCGAAAUCGCAGCCGCAGUACCAGCAACCCCAGCCGCAGUCGCAGCCGCAGUAUCAGCAACCCCAGCCACAAUAUCAAGGGCCUAAGCAACCAGAACAAAUAGAGUACGAAGAACAAGAGAGCGAGGAACAAGAGUACGAAGAACAAGAAUACGAAGAACAAGAGUACGAAGAACAAGAGUACGAAGAACAAGAGUACGAAGAACAAGAGUACGAAGAACAAGAGUACGAAGAACAAGAGUAUCAGUAUCAAGAGGAUCAGUAUGAAGAGGACCAGUAUGAAGAGGAUCAGUAUGAAGAGGAUCAGUAUCAGGACGAUCAGUAUCAGUAUGAGUAUGAAGAGGACCAGUAUCAAGAUUAUCAGUAUGAAGAGGAUCAAUAUCAGUAUUAAGAGGAUCAGUUGUUCCCAGAUUUGGAUAGGACCUUUCAACCGUACGAUUAAAAAUAUAUUUAUGGAUUUGGUUCAUUUGGGGAGCCCUUUACUAAGACACACAGCUGCAUGUGGUGAGUAGAGGAAAAAGCAAUUUUUCCCCUUCGUUUGGACAAACAUUAUUUAUGGUACCAUUUCAUAUUUCAGGGAUUUUGGCGUGGUGUGCGGUCCGACGGCCACAAAAAUCGACACGGACAUUCAGAGGGAAAUUUCGCACUCUGCCUUCAAUAUAUGUAUAGAACGCGGCGGUUAUCAUCCCCGCAUGCGAGAGCAUCAGCCUGUUUUUAGCUGGAAGAGGGUUUUUCUCAGCACGACCCCACACAAGGCCACACAAGGCCACACAUAAAAUGGCUGUGCACAUUUUUGAAAUCCUUGCCAAAGGGGAUGCAAGGGAUGAAGGGUCCAUCCUGAUAAUGCAUCCGGAUGCAUCUUGCUUCCGGCUAAACAUACAAUCAGUCAUAUUGCGAAAUGAAAGUGUGGGACAAUGGAGAACAAAACAUGAACCACGUUCAACAAACAAAAAAAAAAGAUUGAUAGAGGUGUCGAAAAGACAUCAUUUAUUAUAGAACGCGUUGAUUGUACAAUUCUUCUUCAUAUAAUGGAGAAAACCAUACCAACUAUAAACCAUUCAAAAUGUAUCGGAAAGAAAGUAUUUCACUGUGUUGAAGUCUUGAUUGAAAAAAAUUGAUAACUAUUUAAGUACACUAGUAGUAACUUGCCAUCGGAUCAUGUGAAAUCCUACUGCUGAACCUUUACAAACAGUGCGUGCAGCCCUGCUUGCUCGAUAAAAAUGUUCCAUUGAAAAUAACGAUCGAAAAUAUUGUAAAUUAAUAUA